AUGGCUGAGAGUCUUCUUGAAAGUUUUCUGAGCUGCCAUGUUUGUUCAGAGACUCUAAGGGAUCCUGUGUCUCUGAGCUGCAACCACAGCUUCUGUUCAAGCUGCCUGACGAAAUUAUGGGAACAAACUGCAAACAAGAACUGUCCUACCUGUAAAAGAAGACAUUCCAUGGAUUUUCCACCAGUAAACGUCACACUAAAAGAACUGGCUGUUUCUUUUGCUGAAAGAUAUACGUCUGGAUCAUCUAAGACAGAAAGAGGAGAAAAGCAGCUGAUGGUGGUCUGCAGUAAACAUCAAGAAGACCCUAAACUGUUCUGUAAGGACGAGCAGAGAGCUGUGUGUCCUGUCUGUGAGUUUUCUCUCCACCAGAGUCACAAAGUGGUUCCUGUAGAAGAAGCAGUCAGUGAGCUGAAGGAGCAGCUAAAAUCUGACUUAAAAUCUCUGCAGGACACAAGAAACAAACACAAACAGGUGGAGAAAACAUAUAAAGAUGUGAUUGAACACUCUAAGAAGCAGCUGUUGUCCACAGAGAGACAGAUCAGAGCAGAGUUCAACAAGCUCCAUCAGUUCCUGAAAGAGGAAGAGGAGUCCAGACUGGUAGCUCUGAGGGAGGAAGAGGAGCAGAAGGGGAAGACUAUCAGCAGAGAGAUGAAGAGGAUUCAGGAGCAGAUCUCCUCUCUGUCAGACAGUAUCUCUGCUGUUGAAGAAGACCUGCAGAAAGACCAGGUGUCGUUCCUCAGCAGUUAUAAAGCCACUCAGAGCAGAGCCAGAGCCCAGAGCUCACUGUCAGAUCCACAGCUGGUCUCAGGAGCUCUGAUAGAUGUGGCCAAACACCUGGGCAACCUGUCCUUCAGAGUCUGGGAGAAGAUGAAGGACAAGGUCCACUUCAGUCCUGUCAUUCUGGACCCAAACACUGCUAAUAGAUACCUGUAUCUGUCUGAUGAUCUGACCAGUGUGAGAAGAGGAGACACAGAUCAGCAGCUUCCUGAUAAUCUAGAGAGAAACACUGAGUACUCCAAUGUUUUAGGUUCUGAGGGCUUCAGGUCAGGGAAACACAGCUGGGAGGUGGAGGUUGGAGAUCAUCCUCACUGGACUGUCGGUUUGGUUAAAGAGUCUGUUGAGAGGAAGGGAGAGAGAAAGCCUUCACCAGAAUAUGGAAUCUGGCGUUUGCUGCAUGGUGAUGGAAAAUACACUAAUGGUGAUGGUCAGACUCUCACAGUGAAGAAGAGUCUCCAGAGGAUCAGAGUCCAGCUGGACUAUGACAGGGGGGAGGUGUCCUUCUACGACCCUGAAGACAUGUCUCACAUCUGCACUCUCAGAGACACUUUCACUGAGAAACUUUUACCUUAUUUUGGUGUUGGAAAAGCUGCUGAUGCUAAAACAUCUGACAUCAAAAUCAGUAAAUCUGAGGUUUCUUUAUUAUUUUCCAAAAAGUUAACUUUAAAGUGAUGAAAGUUAUUUGGAAAAAUACUUUUUAUUUAGUUUCAGGUAAGAUAAUGAUUUUAAGAUUGUUAGAAAUUAGAUGGAUUAAAACUAAAAU